ACGAAGUGGUGACAUAGACGUUCAAAGGACGCAUUAUCACGUCAUUUUAUCUUCCUCUUUAUUCAUUAGAUGUAAAUUAAAGAUAGAAUAAUGCGUUAGUACUAAUAGCGGGCUCUCCCCAAAACUAUAAAUAAACGCGCGGUCUAAGAGUUCUUCUUAAAAAUGCCGUCGCGCGUGUAAAGAGCUGGGGGCGUUUAUUGGGGGAAUUAUUGACGGGUCUCGAGAAUACAAGUCCGAAAAUUCGCAUAGUUCACGCAACCCGCGUCCGGAAAAGACGUCCCGUCUCAUCCGUCCGCACGUCACGUGUAGACUCACGCGUUUACGUCGUGCCUGACGAGCGCGCCUCGUGCCGCUGCCGAUCUCGUAUGCGCGAUGCUUCAUUCCAUGUUUGCCGAUCAUCCGCGCGUGUACAAGGCGGCGCACAUGGAGUACUUGUUGCAAGCACGUGGUCAUCAACGCAGCUCUUCAGAUACACAGGCGUUCCGCGAGCGUACGAAGAGAGAUGCGCGGGAUGAGCUGCAGCGGGAGCUCGAGAAGUUGGAGGCGACCGCCCGGGAGAACAGGAAGGAGAUGAUCAGCCGACAGUUUGUCGGGUUCAAGCACCUGUUCGAGCGAUUCCUGCAAGAGGAGGGUCCGUCCUUGGAAUGGGACCAUAUUCAAAAACUGCCCGAGGACGCGGUCAAAGAUUACAAUUCUCUGCCAUCACCAGAGGGGCACGAGAUAAAGGAACUGCUAGACAAAUUAGUUGUGGUUAAAUUAAAUGGUGGUCUCGGAACGAGCAUGGGAUGCCAUGGACCGAAAUCCGUCAUCGCUGUGCGAAACGGACUUACGUUCUUGGAUCUUACCGUUCAGCAAAUCGAGCACUUGAAUAAAAAGUAUAACGCUAACGUGCCACUCAUAUUGAUGAACUCGUUCAACACGGAUGAUGAUACACAACGUAUAAUUAGGAAGUACAAAGGAAUCGAUAUAGAUAUUUACACUUUUAAUCAGAGCUGUUAUCCGCGCAUAAACAGAGAUUCGCUUCUUCCGAUUGCUAAGCACUGUCAAAUCGAUGAGGAUAUAGAAGCUUGGUAUCCACCCGGCCAUGGAGAUUUUUAUGAAAGUUUCCAAAACUCUGGUUUACUUAAAAAAUUUAUUCGCGAGGGUCGCGAAUAUUGUUUUAUUUCAAAUAUAGAUAAUCUUGGUGCCACGGUAGAUAUCAAAAUUUUGAAGUUGUUGCUGAGUAAAGGACCAGAACCGCCUCUUGAAUUUGUGAUGGAAGUAACUGAUAAAACGCGAGCGGACGUCAAGGGUGGUACACUUAUAAAAUAUGAGGAUAAACUUCGUCUUCUUGAAAUAGCUCAAGUUCCCAAGGAUCAUAUCGACGACUUUAAAUCUGUUAAGACAUUUAAAUAUUUUAAUACUAAUAAUCUCUGGAUUAAACUCAGUGCCAUCGAAAGAGUACUUGAUCAGAAAGGAUUGAAUAUGGAGAUAAUCGUAAACAACAAAACUUUUCCCAAUGGACUAAACAUAAUACAGCUCGAAACAGCUGUAGGAGCUGCUAUGAAAUCUUUUGAAGGAAGUAUUGGAAUAAAUGUGCCGCGCAGUAGAUUCUUGCCGGUGAAAAAGACCUCCGAUCUGAUGCUUGUAAUGAGUAAUUUAUACACACUGCGUAAUGGAUCUCUUGUUAUGAGUCCUCAAAGAAUGUUCCCCACCACGCCUCUCAUCAAACUGGACAAUCAUUUCUCAAAAGUGAAAGAAUUUCUAACGAGAUUUCCGACAAUACCGGAUCUACUCGAAUUGGAUCAUUUGACUGUGUCGGGCGAUGUUACCUUUGGGAAAGGCGUAACGUUGAAAGGUACCGUCAUUAUAAUCGCCAAUCAUGGAGAACGCAUAGAUCUGCCUUCUGGUACCGUUUUAGAGAAUAAAAUUGUAUCUGGCAAUUUACGCAUAUUAGAUCAUUGAAUUAGAAUAAGUCCUGAUACAUCUUACGGAAUAUGUGUAAUCUAAGAGAAUGGUAUAUUCUGUUAUCAGCAAUCACAUCAUAGUUUAAAUUAACUAGUCAAGAAAUUUAAUUGUAUAUAUUCAUAAUAUUAUUUUGAAGACUAAAGGCUAUAUAUUUCUAUAACAAUUAUUUUAUCGAAUUGUAUAUAAGAACUAUGAGGCAUCAAGUAUAAGGAGAAAUUUAUAAUGUAAAAAAAAUAUAUACAUUGUUGUGUAAGCAUGAUGGAAGCUUACAAAGUAUAUAUUAUUAUAUUACGAUGAAUAAAUGCUUCUUUUAAAUUUUA